CUACCUGCUUACAUGUUAAAACUAGGGUUUGAAACGCUUCCAUUCUUUCGAUCUCUCUUUCUGUAAUUUCAUGGCGAAGAACAGGAACAAGAGUAAGAAGAAAGCUUCUACGUCCAUGAACAUCGACGAGGCCGCCAUUGUUGCACCUCAAGUUACAGCGAUGGACACGUCGGAGGUUGUAGCUUCUAGUCGAUCUCAAAUUAGCAGAAAACCGAAGGGAGUACAAAUGAAGCGUACAAAAAACGUUAGAAGGCUAAAAGCCAUUGCAAAAGCCGUGUCUCAAAACGAAAAGUCUGCAGCAAAGGUCGUGAAGAACGAAAGCAAGACGCUAAGAACUCAGUCGGCAAAAAAACUCUACGACUGAGAUAUAAAGCCGUUUGAGAUCAUAGUCGGAUUUUUUUUGUUUACAGAUCGAACUUAGACUAGAGUGCAUCGUUUUAUUGUAUGUUUUGGUGGAUAAACCGCUUCACUUCAAUUUCGACAACGAUUGAUUUAUUUUGUGCGAUGAUACAAUUUUGCUGCAAUUCUUCUCUUUAGUUUAAGGAAAAGAUCGAUUUAUUCUGCGUUUUA